AUGGAUGCUCUCACUACAGCCGAGUCAUGGAAAGAACAUCUCAAUCAGAAAAUAGGCUCAGCGAUACGUUCUAACAAGUACGUAUCAAUCAAAGUAUUGAUACUUUACUGGCGCGAAGGCAAUGAGGGGUUCAAAACAGAGGGGCGUGAGUUUGGCCUCCUGCUUCAAGACACUUUCCAGUACGCGAUCGAGGAGUUUGCUAUCCCUUCUUCUCAGAGCGAACUCCACUUACGCGGUGUGGUCAACCAGAUAUUGCUCGAACUCGCUACAACCUCCGAGGAAAAGAAUGCAUCGUCAUUGCUGAUAAUCCAUUACGGUGGACACGGUGACAAAAAUGGUGAUCGUCAUGCUGGCCAGGAGAGAAGGGCUGUAUGGGCAUGUGAGUUCAAAAUUAUUCACUGCCCCCAAAGCCACAUCCUUUUUUACCACGAACACCUCGCUUAUUCUCGAGGGAGACAUGAGCUAGGAAAUCCUACUUUAAAUUGGUAUAGUGUUCAGGAGAUCCUCAAAGAAGCCGAGUCAGACGUCUUACUUUUGUUGGACUGCUGUUUUGCAGCGCAAGCUGGAAGGACACGCCGAGAACCAAGCAAGUCACGCUUCGAAAUACUGGCUGCUGCUGCGAUGGGAAUGCAAACUCCCAUGCCAGGGGAGAAGUCAUUCACAAAGAUCCUUCAGAAGCAAGUCAAAGAGAUAUUUGACGAGACUAGAUUUGUCUUAAUACCUGAUUUGCAUCAGCGGUUAGUGCAUCGGAUGGCAGGACUUUACGCAACGCCGGUCCAUAUCUCCUUCAUUCAAGAACGAAGACCUAUUCGUCUAGAGCGCUAUUCUGACACCUCGCCCUUUACCGCUGCUGAGAAAGUUGCCUCCAAUAAACUCCAAGGCUCUUUCUUUCAACUCAGUGUGGGAACAAGGGACGGCUUUUCCCUAUCGAGUUUGGAAGAGAUAGUCCGCUGGCUGGGCGAGAAUGCUCCACCAACAAUCACAAGUCUUUACGUUGAAAGAGUCGUCGGAACAACCAGUCAUAUUCACGAAAUUGUGGCUGGUCUGGAGAAGGAUAACUCCCUGAUGAGAGCUUUCGAAAAGCCAGCAGUAGAAGAAAUCCUGAGUCUGUGGGAUAACGUGAAAGCUAUUGCUGGCCAGCUUUUCGCCCAGGAAAAGAUAUCUACGGGCAAUGAUUCAAGAACAACGGGCUUCUGGCGGCAUGUUAGAAGUAUCUUGAGCCAACUUAACGAAGAGAAUUCGACUCUUGUAGAGAGCCUCGAGUGGAAUAUGCUAAACUCCUUGGCCCAUUCAGAGGAGGAUACCAUACUGCAGGAAGCAAUAGAUAAUUCCGCAGUCAAGUCGCUUGGUAUAGCUAAUCAGUUGCGACUGCGCCAAAUUAUUCGCUUACCCCCCCCCCAUAAUGCAGAUAUCACACAGACAAGUGACAGAGAAUGAAAAGAAGACAAUCCAGAUGUGCUUCAAGAAUUCAAGAUUUAUGGAUCUUAUAUAAAUCCUGAUGAUUUCCCCGACCUCACAGAACGAGUGAAACGUCUCGCGGGGAUUUUGGGGGCUCCUAAAGACACACAGGGUUCCGAGCACUGAGAUGUCAACGAUGGUAUCAAAAGGCUGUUGAGUAUCGUUAUGUUCUCGAGUUUGAGAUCCCCCCAUCAUACAUUGUGGCCGAAAAUGGAUACAACUCUCUGCAAUCUGCCAUCCAAAAUACAAAAGGUGUUGAAAGGCCAACUUUGAAUCAACGGUUCCGGGCUAGCUUGAUGCUGGCACGCGCAGUGCAGAAGUGGCAUUCGGUGGGGUGGGUCCACCAAGGCAUAAGUGGCCCAAAUAUCAUAUUUCUUACUAUCAAAGAGACCGGGAAAGUUGACUAUGACAAUCCAUUUCUACAAGGCUUCGAGUUUUCUCGUCCUAGUUCAGAUCCAUCAAUAGGACGACCAACUGACGAUGUCGCUUUCAAUGUUUAUCGACACCCAUCUCGGCAAGGUAACUCACGAAAAGGCCACCGAAAGAUCCACGAUAUCUAUUCCUUAGGGGUUGUGUUGUUGGAGAUUGGAUUGUGGCAGUGUGCUGCUGAUAUCGUGUAUCCGUCACACAAAAAGCCGAUUCCCUCAGGAGCCGAUAUGCAGAAGAAGCUGCAGACGGCUGUCAGAGAUCGACUGGGCCACUACAUGGGAGAGGAAUAUAAAGAUUCAGUGGAAAAGUGCCUCGCUGCGAGCUUUGAUGUAAAAAUGGACGAUGAGAAUGAAUCGCAGUUGACGAGGAUGUUUCAGAAGAAAGUCAUCAAUUCUAUUUCACAGGGAGUUCGGUCGCAAAUAUUAUGA